AUGGCAUCUGAGGAAAAUCUGACGACUGGAGUUAAUAAGGACAACGUGCAGGGCAACAUAUGGCCAGGGUUGCCCAAGGAGUUUGAGUUGUUCUACUUUUUCAAGAUUUCCAAGACGGACAGCUUCCGGCGCCAUCUGCGCUACCUGAUUCCUCAUAUAACUACGGCAAAUAGCGCCCUCAAAGCUCGAGACCAAAUUGCGCAACACAAAGCGGCAGUGGCUAAUGGGCUUACACACCCCGCAACAAUUCCACUGGCCGGGGUAAAUAUUGGCUUCAGCGCUAAUGGCCUGAAGAAGCUAGUGAAGAAUGAGAAUGACCGCUUGAAGGCCGGUCCCUUUCUUGGCGGCAUGCUUGCCGAUCUGCAAGGUGGGACUGCUGGGGGUGAAGGCCGGGAUAAUCCAGAUGACUGGGAGAAACGCUUCAAGGAGAACGACAUCGAUGGCAUAAUUCUAGUCACAGGUGAUUCCGAGAGGACCGCUUAUGCGAAGCUCUAUGAGGUGAAGGCUCACUUUAUCGGCUUUUUCUGGUUCAAUUCCAGCAUCGAAGACCGCUUCACGAUCCCUGGAUAUAAGCGUCCGGGCCAGGAGAGCAAUAAGGAACACUUUGGGUACCGUGAACAUAUCUCCCAGCCUCAACUUGUCGGGCUGGACCCGUCCCCCACAGGGGAUAAAGAACCUCCGCCAGUACCACCGGGUUAUAUUAUCACCAACACCGACCAAGACCCUUCGCCUCAGCCGGAUUGGGCGACAGAAGGUAGCUUCCUGGUCUUCCGCAAGCUGCAACAGUUAGUGCCGGAGUUUAACAAAUGGUUGAAUGAAACGGCCCCAAAGCACGACCUGACUGCCGAUCAGCUCUCUGCACGCUUGAUGGGCCGGUGGAAAAGUGGAGCUCCCUUGUGCCACACUCUCUGGAAAGACGAUCCCGCUCUGGCGGAAAAUAACAAUUUUGACUAUCUACCAACCAAUACCCAAGAGCAUUGCCCUUUCGCCGCGCAUAUACGCAAGGCUAGACCGCGUGGCGAUCUGGCAGACAAAUUCAGCAGUGCAAUCAUCCGGCGGGGCAUACCGUAUGGCCCGGAGGUCACAAAAGAAGAGCAAGACAAGCAAACAACGAAGGAAGAUCGUGGAAUGUUGUUUGUCUGCUAUCAAAGCAAUAUCUCAAAUGGAUUCCGGAGGAUCCAAGAGCAGUGGUGCAACAAGAACACCUUCCCCUCAGGCAAAAAGCGUAUCACCGGUGAUCCAGGACCGGGAGCCGAUCCAAUCUGUGGUCAGCCUAAUGGGCCGGACCCGUUUGUGAUGGGAUUGUGUGAUGGCAAGAAUAAGAACAUCCAUGUGGAUUUGCAUUGCUGUGUGAUUCCUAGAGGGGGGGAGUACUUCUUCACCCCUUCCAUUGCCGCACUGAAGAAUAUUUCGAACGGCUCAACUUAA